UGCCUCAGGAUCAGAAAAACAUCAUGGGUAGACUCUACGAUAUGAUUCACGACAAUACGUCUACUUCUUUUGCAUGGAUUGGGACGAACAGAGGUUCCGACCCAUGUUCAUGGAAGGGAGUUUCUUGCUCUCCAAAUAAUUCUUCCAUAACCAAUAUUUCCCUUCAUUUGUUUUCCAUUUCUAAUCCUGAUACUCUGCCCCUUCUUUGCGGGAUCAAAACUCUCGAGUCUCUUGAUGUGUCUAACAACCAGUUGAGCUCCAUUCCGGAUGGGUUCAUCACUGGUUGUGGGGGGAUUAGUGGGUUGAAAGUGUUGAAUUUUAGUAGCAAUAAGUUGAAGGGCCCUUUGCCUAUCUUUAGUGGGUUUGGUGUGUUAGAGUCCUUGGACCUGUCUAUGAAUUCUCUAUCUGGGAAUAUUGAUCUCCAAUUGGAUAGCUUGAGUUCACUCAAGAAUUUGGACCUCAGCUACAACAAUUUUGUUGGACAUAUUCCAACCAGUCUGGGAAAAUCCAAUGCUUUGGUGGAGCUUCAGCUCUCUGUUAAUCACUUUGAUGGUCAAAUUCCUUCUCAGAUUGUGAAAUAUGAGAAUUUGGCUUUGAUUGACCUUAGUCUUAAUAACCUCUCUGGCCCAAUCCCUGAAAGCUUGGGAAAUCUCUCUAGCUUGAAAAUUCUGAUCCUGUCAGCUAAUAAGUUGAUUGGUACCAUUCCAAAAACUCUUGGGAAUAUCACAACCUUGUUUCGAUUUGCUGCGAAUCAAAAUUAUUUUGUUGGAAAUGUUCCACUUGGUAUUACUUCCAACCUCAAUAAUUUAGACCUUAGUUAUAAUAAUUUGAGUGGAACAAUCCCUUUGGGCCUCUUAUCUCCACCAAAUUUGCAGUAUGUGGAUUUGACUAACAAUAAGCUGGAAGGUUCAAUACCUGCAAAUAUGGGAUCAACUCUUGUUAGGCUAAGAUUGGGGAACAAUAGUCUAGCUGGGCCUAUCCCACCUAAACCCUUUCAAAGCCUUCAGAAUCUGACCUACUUGGAGCUGGAAAACAAUCAAUUGAAUGGAAACAUACCUUUGGAGCUGCUUUCCUGCAAAAAUUUGGCUCUUUUGAAUCUUGCCCAGAAUAAGCUGGCCGGUCCUUUGCCUGCGGAUAUAGGGAACCUUAUCAAUCUUCAGGUUCUGAAGCUCGAAAUGAACGGUUUUGUUGGAGGGAUCCCUGAUAGCAUCUCCAAGCUUAACAAAUUGCAGAGGCUUAAUAUGAGCUGGAAUUCCCUUACUGGUAUAAUACCAGAUUCAAUAUCUACUUUGCAUACCCUUACAAACUUGGACUUGAGAGAGAAUGGUCUCAAUGGUUCAAUACCAAAUUCAAUUGGUAACUUAAACAAUCUGUUGGAACUCCAACUUGGAAACAACCAGCUUAGUGGGUUAAUUCCAGAAAUGCCAAUGCAGUUGCAAAUCGCACUAAACCUCAGUCACAAUCUCUUUACUGGACCGAUUCCAACCACUCUCACUAGGCUCACUGCAUUGGAGGUUUUAGACCUUUCCAAUAACACGUUUUCGGGUCAGAUUCCAGAAUCAAUGACACGGAUGAGCGGCUUGACACAUCUAAUACUGGCAAACAAUCACCUUUCUGGUGUUGUUCCCACGUUUCCAAAGUACGUGGAGCUUAGUCUAGGAGGAAACCGCCAGCUGAUUUUUCCUCCUCCGCCUUCUCCUCAGAACGCUCCAGCUGUAUCAGGGAAGAAGAAAUUAUCAGUGGCUGUCGUGAUUGUUAUAGCAGUUGCAGUUGCUGCUGUUGCUGUUGGGCUGUUUACGUUUAUAGCUCUCUUCGUUUUGAGAAACAUGUACAAGGUACGAGGUUACUGGCUCAUGGAUGAUCAUCAUAUCCACCACAAGUCUCAACUCGACUUUUGCAAAGCCAUGGCUGUGACUCGCAGGCCAACCAACACUAUCCUGAGUACUGAGUGGUACAGUUUUUACAGGGCUGUGAUGCCCAGUGGGAUUAGCUACUGCAUCAAGAAGAUCAAUUGGAGCAACAAGGCAUUCACACUCCAGGACCCCGAAAAGUUUGUGGAAGAACUAACUAGAUUAGCCCGUGUAGCUAAUCCCAAUAUCAUGAUCCCUCUUGCCUAUGUUUUGACAUCACACAGCGCAUUCAUAUUCUACGAGUUCCCUGAAUUCGGGUCCCUCUUUCACCUGCUCCACAGUGAAGACAACAACGUUCUGGACUGGAAAUGCCGGUUCAGUAUUGCACUAGGGAUUUGCAGAGGCCUAAAUUUCUUGCACAGAAAUGGUUCUGAAGAUGCCCCGAUAAUCCUCCUCAACCUGUCGACGAGAAGUAUCAUGAUGAAAUCACUGUCUGAGCCAAUUAUCGGAGAUUUUGAGCUCAGUAAUUUGAUCAGACCAUCACACAACAAAAGAACCCCUUCAGUAGUUGCUGCUGCUGUGGGAUUUGUCCCACCAGAGUAUGCAUACACGAUGAGGGUGACAACAUCGGGCAACAUUUAUAGCUUCGGAGUGAUCAUGCUGGAGUUGUUGACAGGAAAACAAGGUGUAUAUGAGGGGAUAGAGUUAGCCACCUGGGUAACUAGCAGGUCGGACCAACAUGAAAAUUUGGAAGAAAUUCUUGACAGCCGAGUGGGCGAAACAUCUAUGGAGGUUCAACAUCAGAUGGCAGCGUUACUGAGGAUUGCAUUGCGAUGCAUUAGCACCUCUCCUAGUGAAAGGCCUGAUGCUGAAGCAUUACUUCAAAUGCUGCUUGAUUUGGCUAAGAACGUAGGCAUAUAAAUCUUACACCAAAUUACCAAAAGAGAAAUUAUUAUAUCUGUUCAUUAUUACAUUUUAGGCCACAUUCCUGCAUAAUUAUGUAUCUACAUAUUUAUGAUUGACACAUGCGCUUCAUUUCAACUUAAAAGGCUACAUUUAUAGUUUGAUUGCA